AUGAGUGAGAGAUGGGACUCAAACUCUUCAGAAAACUGGCAUGACAUUUGGAGUGUCAAUGAUACACAGUAUCACCUAUACUCAGAUAUCAAUAUCACCUAUGUGAACUACUAUCUUCACCAGCCUCCAGUGGCAGCAAUCUUCAUUAUUUCCUACUUUCUCAUCUUCGUCCUGUGCAUGGUGGGAAAUACAGUGGUUGGUUUUACUGUGAUGAGGAAAAAACAUAUGCACACGGUCACUAAUCUCUUUAUCCUGAACCUGGCAAUAAGUGAUUUACUGGUUGGCAUAUUUUGCAUGCCUAUCACGCUGCUGGACAAUAUUAUAGCAGGAUGGCCCUUUGGAAGCACAAUGUGCAAGAUCAGUGGAUUCAUCCAAGGAAUAUCGGUUGCGGCUUCAGUCUUUACUUUAGUUGCCAUAGCUGUGGACAGGUUCCAGUGUGUUGUCUACCCUUUUAAACCAAAGCUCACGAUCAAGGCAGCAUUUGUAAUUAUUGUGGUCAUCUGGGUCCUGGCCAUUGCCAUUAUGUCCCCAUCUGCAAUAAUGUUACAUGUAGAAGAAGAAAAAUAUUACCAAGUGAGACUCAACUCCCAGAAUAAAACCAGUCCAGUCUACUGGUGCCGGGAAGACUGGCCAAAUCAGGAAAUGAGGAAGAUCUACACUACUGUGCUAUUUGCCAAUAUCUACCUGGUUCCCAUGUCCCUCAUUGUCAUCAUGUAUGGAAGGAUUGGAAUUUCACUCUUCAAGAUGACAGUACCCCACACAGGCAAGCAGAAGCAGGACCAGUGGCACAUGGUGUCCAAGAAGAAGCAGAAGGUCAUUAAGAUGCUCCUGAUCGUAGCCCUGCUUUUUAUUCUCUCCUGGUUGCCUCUUUGGACACUGAUGAUGCUCUCAGACUACGCUGACCUGUCUCCAAAUGAGCUGCGAGUCAUCAACAUCUACAUCUACCCUUUUGCACACUGGCUGGCCUUUUGCAACAGCAGUGUCAAUCCCAUCAUUUAUGGUUUCUUCAAUGAGAAUUUUCACCGUGCUUUCCAAGAUGCUUUUCACCUCCAGCUCUGCCGAAAAAGAGCAAAGCCCAAGGAAACCUACACUGUAAGAGCUAAAGACAAUGUGAUCAUAAAUACAUCUCAUCAGUUAGCCCAGGAACUUACCAUUCAAAAGUCACAUGAGGAAAAUUUGUCUUGUAGGAAAAGUACUGAAAAACCCAAACAAGAAUUGAUGAUGGAAGAAUUAGGGAAAGCUACUCACAGCAAUGAGAUUUUAAAAGAGCUGGUAUGA